AUGCCUGCGGUUCAAGACAUCAUACACCUCACCAUUCAAGGUCAGCAGGAUGCCGAUGUGUGGGAAUCGAAGAUAGUCGCUUCAUUGGAGCUAUAUGGCAUAGUGUCUGCUUUACUCUUGUCCUCUAUAAGUGAUGACACCAUAGCCGCAGUAACUUCUGAUGCCUGCCAAGGCGUAGCAGCUGCCGAACUUGAUCAGAAGAAGCAUAAUGUAAAGACUGUUAUCAAGGGUGCAGCACAGGAAGCAUCCAACCAGUUACGUCUGCUACAUGAACGCUCUCUGACGGAAGAACGGGGGAAAGCCAAAAAGAUGAUGGUGGAUCUCUCUGCGCUGUGUAAGGCUGCACAUGAGGCAGAAACUAAGGUUAGUUUCCUGCCCAAUAUGCUUCCCCCCCUGCCGGCUAUGAAGAAAAUCCAAGAUAAUCCGUUGUUGUACGUGGAUCUGUCCGAUUUUCGGUUUCCGAAGCAUGUCUAUGAUAAUCAAGUGGAAACUGUUACAACUGUCACUGGAGAAGUUGUACAACAUCGACGCUCGGUCGGUAAAAACUCCUACAUUACAUCAAUUGGGCAGUGGGAUGAGUGCUUCUUCCGAUAUGCCACUGCACUCCAACUAUCAGACGCUGGUAGGAAACAAGUCGACAUGGGUCAUCUUGUAUCGUAUGCUAUCCACAUUGCGGAUUUAUUCAGCGCUGUGAAGUCCGUCCGGGCGGUUAUUGACGCCGAGGCGAGAUACCGCAAGUCCGGUGCGAUGGCAAUCGCUAGCGGGGCUAUAUCUAUGAAGGAUAUGUUCAGUGAUGAAGCCUAUAUUCGACCCAAGUUAGACAUGGAAGUUUCUCGAGCUCUGCUGCAACAAACUGAUAGGUGGUCUGAUCAGUCUUCUUCGUAUGGUAAGGGCAAGGGGUCCAAAGGAAAAGGAGCAAAAGGAAAAGGUGGCACAGGGAAAGGGAAAGGUUCUCAGAGAUCGGCUCCAUAUUCAGCUUCUGAACCUGAACUCAACCCCCAAGGGUUCUCAAAGUCUACAUAA